UUUGGAAGAUAGCUCAAUUUAGUCCAAAAUGAUUGCGUCAAAUGAACGUUGUGCAUUAGUCAUGAAAAGACUUUAGGAAGUACUAGUCUUAAAAAAAUUCACUGUGUGAAGAACAUCAAUACUGAUGACGGGUGCAGUUCAUCAUCCUUUAAACGAGAGAAAACGAACAGAAAACUAACACACCCAUGAGAACUCACUGUUCACUCCAGGAAGGCAUAGUCAUACACACGCAAAAAGACAGGUAAUGGCAGCAGCUAUAGUGACUGGCCUGAUCCCCAUCCUCCGCACAGCAGUGAACACCAGCACCACCUACAAGGCCCGCACUCUGUGGUUCGGCUUCCUGGCCGUCCGCCUGGUGGUGCUUUUCUUGUCCGAGCUCCCCUGGUUCAAGCUGGAUACCGACUUCAGCUGCAAUGGGACCGCCCGCGACAGCGUGUGCUCGCGGGCAUGCUUCAACAAACACUUUGAUCGGCCGGCGGUGGCGGCCUGGAACUUCCUCUUUGUGCUCCUCUUGCUCUCCGUGAUGCUCAUGGAGCUCUUCUCCGCCCAUCUGCGCGCCUCCGCCCGCAAGCGCAGCCCGAAGCAGGAGGAGAAGACAGAGGAGCUCAUGAUGCUGGACCUCCAUGCCAGCAAGACCACGCUCCUCUUCUACCUAAUGAGUGUGGCGCUGCGCAUUAUGGUGGAGGUGGCGUUCGUCUACAUUCUGCUGCAGUGGAACCUGCCCAAGAUGGAGAGUGGGCCCUACGAGUGUGAGCCCGAGGGGAAUGUCUGCCCGGGGCCUCAGGUGUGCAUAGUGAGGGCCGCAACCGAGAAGCGCAUGUCUAUCUUUGCCCUGGCAUCCAUCUCGUGUCUGGUCAUAGUGGCCAGUUGCCUGUUUUUUCUGUACGCUGUUAUGCACUACCUCUGCAACUUAGGAGGUGGCUCUGUCAGAGAUGCUAAUAGUCAUCUGUAAGAGGGUAUACUGUCCCCUGUACUGUAUAUCUCCAUUGUGCCAGUACUGCUACAGGAUAUGUCAUGCUGUGAUGUAUGUAAAGCUUAAUUUUGAGAAAAGUGCAUAUCCCUAUAAAGAGAUCUUCAGUUAGAAGGUGAUUGUUUGAAUAUAAAUAUGCAAGCAGAGAUGUUUCACUGUCUGAAUUUAUGGCACAAUUUGUUUUAGGUCUCUUUGUAAUUAAGCUAUUAUAUGUUUUUUUUCCAUUACCACGAGGCCUUGCGUGUGUAAAUUUAACAUUCAGAGAUUAAAGAUAAAACUGUUGGCUAGUCGAUUGUGUAAAAUGCCUUUUCACUAGUGUGCUCCGCGGGUAGCAUCAUGGUGUUUCUGAGUAAGGAGAACGGAUGCCCUCU